CAAACGAGAUCCAUCCAACUACCUUUGCGAGUUGCGCAACAUUGAUUUGCAACAGCGACCAAGUUUGUUUCUGUGGCCAUGGCUUCCAACAUUGGACCAUCGGGAGGCUCCGCCUCUCGCUUUGACAAGCUUCAGGAGGACGGCCUCGACGUCCUGCGCGAUGCCAAAGCAACACCUGAAUUCCAGGCUGCCGAGCAGGAUGCACGAAACCGACGUGUCGCGCAAAUGAUGGCCGAUCAAUCGUCCAUGCCCAUGGGCGUCAACAAAAUCGAAGUCACUGGCGCAAAGAACCUCCGCCGAGGUUUCCUCGACCCCAUCAUCAGCCCUAUCCUCAGCAACGACUCCGGAUCGUCACCUCAAACAAUGGGCGAAGUCCUCGCAAAGCUACAAGAAGCCAGCAACAAGCUCAGCGCCCUUCAAAUCCUACGACAGCCUCCCGAAGUCUUCCUCCAACAAGCCGACCCGACCGAUGCCACAUCCUCCCCCAACGACGUCAAUGUAUCCAUUGGCCUCAAGGAGCUCGGCCGCUUCAAGCUGCAGACCGGCACCGACGUCGGCAACGGCGAAGGCUCCGCGUACGGCUCGCUGCUCUGGCGCAACAUCUUUGGCGGCGCCGAGAUGCUCACACUCAACGCCAGAUCCGGCACCCGCACACGCUCAGCCUACAGCGCCAACCUUAGCACGCCGGUCCUCAGCAACCCUGACAUGCGCCUGUCGCUGGAAGGUCUCGCCUCGGCCUCUGAAAAGCCCUGGGCCUCUCAUGAAGAAGUUCUCAAGGGCGGCUCGCUACAGUUCCAAUGGAUGACACCGCAAAAGGACUCCCACAGCGUCGAAUACCUCGGCCUCUGGCGCCAAAUCACCGGCUUAGCUGCCGCAGCGAGCCCCGCGGUUCGCCAGGAUGCCGGAGACUCUGUCAAGAGCGCUAUCCGACACACAUUUUACCGCGAGCGGCGAGAUAACCCGCAGCUGCCGCAGAGUGGCUACAUGGUCCGCUCGAAGCUUGAGUUGGCGGGCAUUGGCCCACUAGGUGGUGACGUCGCCUUCUCCAAGAGCGAGCUGGAGAUGAGCGGUGCUAUUCCGAUCCCAGUGCCUGGUGCACAUGAAAAGUCAGGCUUCUCCAUUGGUGGUGGCUUCAAGAUGGGCAUGCUGUACCCGCUAGCGCAGGGCUUCAAUGUCGGAGGCAAGGCUCUGCCCAGCCGCAUCAACGACCGCUUCCAGCUUGGCGGCCCGACUGACGUCCGCGGCUUUGUCCUCGGCGGCAUUGGACCACAUGAUGGACGCGACUCUGUUGGUGGCGACCUCUUUGCUGCAGGAACUGUCAACUUGCUUAUGCCGCUGCCGUACAAGGGCCCCGAAUCAGCGCUGCGCUUCCAGAUGUUUGCGAAUGGUGGCAGACUGGUUGCGCUCAACGAUGGCAGCGGCACUGCAGGUAUGAAGCCUGAGGCUGUUCGAAGCGGCAUGGCCAGCGCCGUCAGCGAGCUGUUCAAUGGCGCUCCUAGUGUGGCUGCGGGUAUGGGUUUGGUGUAUGCGCAUCCCGUUGCGCGCUUCGAGCUCAACUUUAGCCUACCUCUUGUCCUGCGCCAGGGCGAGAUUGCCACGAAAGGUCUGCAGCUUGGUGUUGGAAUCAACUUUAUGUAGAGAAAUGUAAGGAGAGAAAGAAGAAGGAGAAAAGCGAUGAACCCAUUGUAUUAUUAUUAUCUUGUAUUAGACACAACACAACUACAAUCCACCAAUAGACCUUUCCUUGCGUUGCACCAACUUCCAUUUCACCAUUUGCCCAG